GUUCCGCCAAAAGUCUUCUGUCUGCGAGUGAGGGGCUCGCGCGGCGGCCGCACCUGCCCCAGCCUCUGCUGCAGGAUUAUAAGAAGGAGCAGGACAGACCGUGCCACCAAAUGUCCCCGCUGUCGGAGGACAGGCACGCGGACGGCGCGGACAAGCAGGGCAACUCGGCCAAGAAGAAGACGCGCACGGUGUUCUCCCGGAGCCAGGUGUACCAGCUGGAGUCCACCUUCGACAUGAAGCGCUACCUGAGCAGCUCGGAGCGGGCCUGCUUGGCGUCCAGCCUGCAGCUGACGGAGACUCAGGUCAAGACGUGGUUUCAGAACCGGAGGAACAAGUGGAAGCGGCAGCUCUCUGCCGAACUGGAGGCGGCCAACAUGGCUCACGCCUCCGCACAGACGCUGGUGGGGAUGCCGCUGGUUUUCAGAGAUAACAACUUACUGCGCGUGCCAGUUCCCCGCUCCAUCGCCUUCCCGACGCCUCUUUAUUACCCGGGGAGCAGCAACCUGCCAGCGUUACCUUUAUACAACCUGUACAACAAAAUCGAGUACUGACUGACUUGACUGUGCGUGUUCUCCACCUGCAGUUCGCAUUAUAAAACAAUGUCAUAACUUGUAUAUUAUCCAUGAUUUUCUUUACCGGCUUUUCUUUUUGGCGACUCGCGGGGAAGCUGGUGUCUGUCUCCUGCAGUCACUGUGAAAGAAGUGGGGUCCACCCUGGCCAUGUUUCCAGUCCAUCACAGGGACACAUAGAGACAAACGAACCACUCACAUUCCCACCCACACCUAUUUAGAGUCACCAGUUAAAUCUGACACGCAUGAUUGUUUUGGUUUAUGGGAGGAAACCAGUCUCUUGUAUAAUUGUAUUUUUUUUUCUUGAAGAGAAAAAAAAAACUUUAUGCAGCAUCUGUAAGACUCAAGAGAAAGCAACCAAGCUUCCCUAUAUGUAUAAAAUACACCAUGUGUAUAAUUAUUCUAACCAUAUUUGUACCUUUUAUAUUUUUUGUUUCCUGUUUAGUUUUGGACUGAAUUCAAAGCUCUAAGCUACAACUGAGAAAACUGGAUUUAAAAUGAGCUGCUUUCAAAGCUUUUAUGUAAAAUUGGUUUGAAAAACAUAAAAAAACAUGAAGUCAUAAAUC